CGGUCACUAGUCCUCAUCGUGGAUCGGUUACGAAUACUUUGUGUAGCAAAUUGUACGGGUGUGCUGCAACACUGUGUGGAAGUUUGCUCCAGGUUUGAGCUAGCAAGGUUUGUGAAGUCGAUACCGGAAGUGUUCAGAUAGUGUUCAGGAGCUAGGUUGUCCGACAAGCCCUUUUUGCAACCAAUAUGGCAGUACUACAAUCGAUUAUAUUGGCUAGCGUUCUGCUGCUGAUGUUUGUUGUGCAAAGAGGUGAUGCCAUUAAAUGUUACGUGUGUAACAGUGCUGAAGAUUCUCAAUGUUCGUACGAUAUACCGCCGUCGGAAAUGCAAACGGACUGUGACACCUACAAGGACGGCAACAAGUAUACCUUCUGCCGGAAGAUCAUUCAGUCGAUCGAGUUUUCCGUGAACAAUCUUCCUCCGGACACCAGAGUGAUUCGUGGUUGUGGUUGGGAUGAGUCCACCUACAAGGGCAAGUGCUACCAACGUUCAGGCUUCGGAGGACGCCAAGAGGUGUGCGCCUGCUACGAAGACAAUUGCAACAGUGCAACGUCGCUGCAAGCUACUGUGGGACUGUUACUUGCUGCAACAAUUGUUUUCUUAGUUCGUGCUUAAUCCUGCUCGAUGUAGAGCUAACGGGUUUUCAGUUUGGAGAACAAUUCACCUACGUCGCUUAUAUAUUUUGUUUCAUUGGACUUACAAAAGCAGACUGCGAUUGCGAAAAAGAUUGGACGAAGAGCUGCAUAGUUUUAAAAACGAGUGUGGUUCGUGUUGUAUGUGAUCGAUGGAACAAGCAAAACGGCAAUGCUUUAACAGAAAGCUCACAGUCGGUGACGAAAAUAAUGUUGAAUAGUCAAUAGAUUUAAUUUUUACGCGAUACUUUCAAUAAUACCAGGUAUAUAGGUACAAAACACAUUCGUUAUAUUUAUGUAAUUGCAGGAUGCUUUUCGUAAAAGCUGCAUUAUUCCCGCAAAUUGACGGUUCAAACUUUUGUAGAUAAUAUGAUUGAUAAAAAACCAAUAAAUAGUUUGGUUUUACUACUGGAUACAAGAAAACUCAUUUCCGUCCCAGGAAAGUUAACUCAAAUCAUGAUAGGGUUCGUGGCGAUGUUUUUCUUGACCAUAUUUUGUGAAAGUUUGUUCCCUCAUUAGUGCGCGGAAUGGUAGUCAAAUGCGAUGGUGAUUAAGUUAUAUCAGCAUCGGAUACGCGUAAAAGCAUUAGUUUGUAAAUAUGUGUUCUAUUAUGGUAUGAAAGCGUUUAAUUUAAGAUAUAGUAAAAAUUGCAGCUUAGCAUUAUGAAAUAUUUUCUGAAAAAAGCUUUUGGUUGUUUGAUAAAAUUACCCGCAUAUUUAUUUUUCUAAGAGCUGUAAUUUAUCGGUAUUGCAAAAGUUCUUGAAACUAACCUUAACGUGAAACAAGUGUCACCAGACUAUUAUUGUUUGAUUGCAAUUCAAGGUAAAAUUCAUAUGAAUUGUCCACCUUGUGCAAAAACUAAACCUAGCAAGUAACUUUCGCUUACUGUAGAGUUCACAUGUUGCUGUCAAUAAAGAAAUAAAAAAAAAAACAAAUAGGUAAUAGGAAGCUAAGAAAAUUCGGAGCUAAGGGUUUCUGUUAGAAGCUGAUCAUGGAAGGAGAUAAGUUUACCACGCCUUUGGUAAACUGGGCAGCGAAAAGGGCUCCCUUCCAUCAGUCGUUUCACCACCCUAGUAAAAAAAAGAGGAACUACAUGUUCGAACAAAUAGUUAGUGAGCACUCAUUUAAUCUAACAAAACUAUAUUUUCUAAUAUCUCACACAGAACAAUUCUAUGAUUUUUAUAUACGGAAUCAGAGUGUCGCCAGCCGAGCGAAACAUAAUUGUCUUUUACUGAUCGAAUUGAUUUAUUUUGAAAUAUUAAACCGAAAGAUAACUAGAGUUUUAAGAAACACCGAAUGUUAUUUAAGAGAAAAUAAACAAACGAAAAAUAUACUGCUUUAUACGCUGAUGAAAUCGAACUUAUAAAAUAGUAAAGUGUUAGUAAUUAAUAAAUUGUUUAAAACCAAACCAUGAAAGCAAAAAGUAACACAACCUUGUAGUCGUAAGCUAAAGAUAGAAUUAUCCUUCGUGGCGAAUGAUCGUUUUAUGGAUUCAAACUAGGGUAAAACAGCUCUAAAAGGAUUCCUCGGUUUUUCAAUGUUAUUUUUCAGACUCACCUGAUUAGUAUCUUUAACCAGCAAACCGCAAUUCAUGCAAUAUUGAAACACUAGUUCCACUGCUUACCUAGAACGAUCAUGGUUAGCGAUCAAUCCUGGUAAUCAUUUAAUCUCGAUCUGCUUCGGAAAAUUUUCGUUACAAUUUUGAAUGAGGAAGCGGCUACUUUUAAAAUUAAUUCAAUAAUGAAACAGGAUAGCAUGCGAAAAGCUUUAAAAUAAAUUAUCAGAAAUGAAAGAAUAAUACCACUAUAGGAACGAUCGAGAAAAAAAAUAUUU